AUGUGGGGCCCCGGGAUCGCGGCCGAAGGCCUGUCGGCGGCGCCCGCGCCACCACCGCUGCUGCCGCUGCUGCUGCUGCUGGCGCUGGCGCUGGUGGCGCCCUCGCGGGGCGGCGGGGGCUGCGCGGAGCUGGCGUGCGGCGAGCGGGAGCGCUGCUGCGACGCGGCCAACGCCACCGCGGUGCGCUGCUGCAAGCUGCCGCUGCACGCCUUCCUCGACAACGUGGGCUGGUUCGUCCGCAAGCUGUCCGGGCUGCUCAUCCUGCUGGUGCUCUUCGCCAUCGGCUACUUCCUGCAGCGCAUCAUCUGCCCCAGCCCACGCAGGUACCCUCGCGGGCAGGCGCGGCCGGGGCCACCGGGGGGCGCCGGGCAGCCGGGGGCUGCGGGGCCGCCCGACGACGAGGACGACGACUCGCCCGAGCUGCUGCGCGACGAGGCGGCCGCGGGCUCUCAGGACUCGCUGCUGGACAGUGGCGGCGGCGGCGGCGGCGGCCGGGGCCGGGCCGGCGGCGGACGCUCGGCCCCCUCCUGCGCCUCGGAGCACGAGCUGCCCGUGGUGUCGCCCGUCUUCCUGCAGCUGCCCAGCUACGAGGAGGUCAAGUACCUGCCCACCUACGAGGAGUCCAUGCGGCUGCAGCAGCUCAGUCCCGGGGAGGUCGUGUUGCCGGUGUCGGUACUCGGCCGCCCGCGAGGUGGCGGCGCCGGGGAGUCCGACGGCGGCGGCGAGGGCCGCUGCCCGCUCAUCUGA